GUUCAAUGUCCGCAUCGUGCCAUUCAAUGCAUGUUUGCGUAAUACGCGUCUUUUUAUUUUUCGCUUUUUCUUUUUAUUUCUAUAUUAUGAGCGAACAUAGUGAUCUUAUUUCUCAGUUCGUUAGCAUGACAUAUGCAAACGAAUCUCAAGCUAAAUUCUAUUUAGAAAUGAGUGAUUGGAAUUUACAGGCCGCAGUAACUCAAUUCUAUGACAGUGAAGGUGGUAGUGCUACUACACCUCCCGCUCAAUCAUCUCCUCAGUUACAAAGACAAGCCCCCACACAACCUACUACUGUGGGUUCAAGUACUACACCAGCCAAAAGAAAGCCAGCACCCACUACAUCAUCCAAGAUUCGUACAUUGAAUGAUCUUUCUUCUUCAAAUACACAUGACGACUCAAGUGAUGAAGAUCAUGAGAAUCUAUAUGCAGGUGGUGAAAAGAGUGGUAUGGUCGUUCAAGGACCCAAUAAGCGUGCUGGUGACAACAAUUUGGUGGACCAGAUCUUAAGAAAGGCAGCUGAAGGUGGACAUGCUUCUGAAGAAGCACCCAAGAAGACACAAAAGAAGCCUUCUUACACAGGUACUGGCUAUAGACUAGGUAGUGAAGAUGAACCUUCUACUGCUGUUCAACCUGCUUCUCCAGUAGCACCUGUUGAUCAAGAAGAAGAAGAAGAAGAGCCUGAAUCUGUUACUCGUAACUUGACAUUCUGGCGCAAUGGGUUCAGUGUCGAUGAUGGUCCAUUGUAUGCUUAUGCUGAUCCUGCUAACCAAGAAAUGUUGAAUGCUAUCAAUACUGGUCGUGCUCCUCUUUCAUUGCUCAAUGUCAGACAUGGGCAGCCUGUUGAAGUCCGUGUUGUAAAGCGCCAAGAUGAAGACUAUACACCUCCUCCCAAGGCUCCUGCCAAGCCAUUCUCUGGCACUGGUAACCGUCUUGGCAGUCCUGCUACUUUUGCUUCUUCUCCUCCACCUGGUAGUUUCCCUGCUUCUACUAAUUCGCAUGCAAGCGCACCUACAGUAGAUGCAUCGCAACCUACAACAAGUAUUCAAAUUCGUCUUGCUGAUGGCACAAGAUUGAUUGCUAAAUUGAAUCAUACACACACCAUUGCUGAUGUGCGUCAAUUUAUUGAAUCAUCUCAACCUACAACAAGAUCUUAUGUAUUGCAAACUACUUUUCCUGUUAAAGAAUUAACAGACAAUAAUCAAACGGUAAAAGAAGCAGGUUUAUUAAACAGUGUCAUUGUUCAACGUUUUUAAUAAAUAAAAAGAGAGAAGGGUGGU